CCCUGUCCCUCUCUCUUUCUCUCUCUCCGUCUGCCUCUCUCUCGCUUUAUGUUUUUUUCUCCUCCGUCUUUCCUCCUCAGCAUCCACCUCUCGUUGAUGGCGUGUAUCGGUGCUGCUGGGGAGACUAAGGCCUGACGCGCUGGGCCCUUCCCCCGAUUCGCUACACCUUCUCUGGGACUCUAUCUCUGCCCGUUAGCCUGCCUGCCUGGCUACCUCCCCCACCCCCCGUGUGCUGGUGUCUGGAAGCUGGGCUCAAGGGGUGGAGGAGGAGGGAGCAACGGCGUUCCGCUUCACCUGGGAGCUGUUCAGCAAUUAGCAAUGCCCUACCCCGGCAUCCUUUAGCCACUUGGAAAAUCUCGGAUUUAUCCAUCUGCCUGUCUGUCUCUCUAUCCAUCUGUCGGUCUCCCUCCAUCCGUGGAGGGGGACAGAGGAAUGAAAAUCUGCAAUCAUGAUGGAAGGACUGAAAAGACGCACCAGGAAGGCCUUUGGGUUACGAAAGAAAGAGAAGGACACAGAUUCCACGGGCUCACCUGACAAAGAUGGAAAAAAGACCAACGGGGCUCCAAAUGGCUAUUAUGGGGAGAUUGAUUGGGAUCGAUAUGCAACUCCAGAUGUGGAUGCUGAGGGCUUCAGUCUCAGACCCGGAGAGGAGGGGGAAACAGCUCCCAAAGGCAAGCAACACUUCUUCUCCUCCAGCGACUCGGAGGACGAGGACGACAAGAGGAAGUUCAAGAUCAAGAUCAAGCCGUUGCCUUCCGACACUGCCAAGUGUGCCGUCCCAUCUAUGGACGAACUGAAAGCUUCAGUUGGGGGCUUGGCUCUAUCUCCCUCUCUGAGGAGAAGUCCGAGAUGCAGCCCGGGAUCGAUAAAGAGACACCUGUCUUGUGAGGAGAUAGCCAGACCCAGACGCUCCACCCCUAUGCCAAGCCCCGCCCCCGAGACACAAAGUGAGAGAGUAUCCCAGAAUCGCAGAGCAUCCCCAGCUUUCUUCGGGCUUCCUCCAGAGAUUACCUAUGAGACACACAGAUAUGAUAGUAACAGAAAUGAUGUGGUCUGCAUAGAGGCUGAUGCAUGGUGUGACUCCAGACCAUACUCUGACUCCCCUCUGACCCGAUCCUUUCCCACAGGAGCUCCUCCUCCACUACCUACCAAGAACAUCCCAGCAGCUAGUCAAGAUGAUUUACCCAAUGGGAGAAUAGUCCCAAGCCCCGCCCCCAUCUACCUGAACGUCCAAUCCCCAGCCUCGUACAGAGGUUCCCCUGUGCCUGACCUGGACAACGUGUUCGGCCCCAUGGAAUCCUCCCGGACCAUUGAGGACAGGGCCUCGCCCCGAUGGGUCAGCUUCAACAGCGAGAGACCGCCCCCACCAGACGAACCGGCCCCGCCUCCGCCCCCUGCCUCUCCGACUCCCGACUCGCCCCACUCCCUCUCCUCCCCCCCAGACUCCCCCUGCCUCUCCCCGGGCCACCCUCCGGAUGAGCCUCCCCCCUCCCCGCCACCCUUCUCCUCACCCCCCGACUCUCCCAUCUCCAUUAUCUCCAUUCCUCCUCCAGAUGAACCCGUUCCCCCCCUGCCUCCCGACUUCUCUCCCCCGGACUCUCCGCCAUGCAUCGCCAUCGAUCCUAGUCUGUUUUUGGAUGAUGAGAUACUGGAGUACUCUCCUGCUCCCUCUGGCCCACUAGAGUACUCCUCUGCCCCUACCAGUCCUAUCCCUCCCCCCCUUCCUGCGGAGCGCUCCCCUCGGGCGGGUGUCCCUUCCCCUCUGGUGUUCCUGAGGGAGGAGCAGCCUGACUUUAUGGCCUCGCCCCUUGGGCUGACCCCGGGCUUCAGGGGCACGCCGCCACCCCUCCCCCCGCACACCUACAGGUCCAUGGUGUCCUCCCCCAGACCCUGCCCAGGCAGCGACCCCUCCUCUCCAGCUCGACCUGCCACGCCCCUGUCAGGAGGCAGUCCAAUCCCUCCCCCUCUUCCUACAAGGCCCUCCUCUCGACCCAAACUGCCACCUGGGAAACAAUUAGGAGACCUGACUCGACCCUUCAGCCCCCCAGUGUCCGGCAGCCCCCCUCCCUUCGCCCCGCUGGCCCGGGCCGAGAGUUCCUCCUCAAUAUCCUCCAUCACCUCACUGAGCGCAGCCUCCACCCCAACCCUGGGGAGAGAACUCAACAUAUCCACCACAGAGGAAAAACAGCCAGCCAUGGUAUGGUUUGACCAUGGCCGGUUUUAUUUAUCUUUCGAAGGAUGCUCCAGAGGUCCCAGUCCACUCACCAUGGGAGCACAGGACACUCUGCCUGUGGCGGCUGCCUUCACCGAGACCAUCAACGCCUACUUCAAAGGAGCCGACCCCAGCAACCGGCAAAGCGACCCUCAUCAGAAUAAAUGCAACAAGUGUGUGGUAAAGAUCACUGGGGAGAUGGUGCUGUCUUUCCCGGCGGGCAUCACCAGGCACUUUGCUAGCCACCCGUCUGCCCCUGUGCUCACCUUCAGCAUCAGCAACUACAGCCGGCUUGAGCAGGUCCUCCCCAAUCCACAGCUACUGUGCUGUGACACCGUGUCCAAUGUGGACACCAAGGAAUUCUGGGUAAAUAUGCCAAACCUGAUGAGCCACCUGAGGAGAGUGGCUGACCAGAAGCCUCAAGCAACCUACUACAAUGUGGACAUGAUCAAAUAUCAGUUUCUGUCGCAGGUGGCAGCCGAGGGGAUCCAGUCGACCCCCCUGAACCUGGCAGUGAGUUGGCGUGGCGACGCCACCAGCACGGACCUCAGGAUAGACUACAAAUACAACACGGAGGCCAUGGCCGCCCCCUCGCCCCUCCACAACAUCCACUUCCUGGUCCCUUUGGACGGGGGCGUGCACAAACUCCAAGCCAUGAUCCCCACUGCCACCUGGAACUCAGAGCAGCAGAAAAUUCUAUGGAAGAUACCAAGCCUUUCCCAGAGGUCUGAAAAUGGAGGAGUGGGAGCUCUACUGGGUAGGUUCCAGUUGACAGAGGGUCCCAGUAAGCCGUCCCAGUUGGCGGUGCAGUUCACCAGCGAGGGCAGCACUCUGUCAGGCUGUGACAUCCAGCUGGUGGGGGCCGGCUACAGGCUCUCACUGGUCAAAAAGAGAUUUGCAGCAGGGAAAUAUCUGGCGGACAACUAGUCACCACUGUUGUAAAAUGACACCCUUUCACCCCUACAAUGGCUUUUGACUCUGAGGAUGAUGAGAGUCUACUAUGUAUUCUUCAUUCAAGCUACAAGCUACUAACUGAAAAACAUCUGAAACCGUACACUUGAGCAGGGAAGGGUGGAUGAUGGGAGAGAAGCAACAACAGGAUGUGAUGUAAUGGACACAGUUCACCAAGGUAUCACUUUAUGUUUUAACACACUCAAUACAGUAGUCUCACUGUUGGGGUUUUAUGCAAGCAGUCACCGCCCUUUUCUGUGCACCUUGAGGGUUGUUGAGGCAAAGAUAAUGAAUUCAACACUUUUACAUUUAUCAAAGUAAUGUAUUAUUGGCACCACAUACAGUGAUCCAGUUUUAUUUGUGAGAAGAAAUGUUUACAUUUUAGUCAUUUAGCAGAUGCUCUUAUCCAGUUAGUGAGUGCAUACAUUUUUCAUACUGGCCCCCUGUGGGAAACGAACCCACAACCCUGGCGUUGCAAGCGCCAUGCUCUACCAACUGAGCUACAGGAAAUGUAUGUGAAUGGGUGAUGAUGGAAGAUUCACCGGACAGAUUUAUGUGAAUAGAUAUAGAUACAGUUAACAUUCAUUGAUAAUUCAAUAGAUUAUGAAAAUAACUCCAUUCGCUAUGAUGACAUUUAUAUUCUAUUAUUUGAUGCUUUUCUUUUAUUUAUUGGGUUGGUAAAACUAAUAUGGUACCAGCUGGUACUGUACCAGCAGGUUGAGGCCCACAACUUGGAGUCAAUGUGGAGACAACAUUAUGUAUUGUGUGUUUGCUGGGAGGUCAAGUGGUUCAUGUAAUGGUUCACAUUGUUUACCUGAUUGUGGAAGACAAAAACAAAGCAGGCUGCCUCACAGGCUGGAUAGUAGAGUUGCCUUGGACCAGAAUGGAUGACUUUCUGAGUCUGUUUAUCGCUUAGCAUCUCCAGGAGGCCUAACUAAGCAAAACUGGCUGAAAUUACAUAAUUACAAUGAGAAACUGGUUGAAAUUACGUCAAAACUGGUUGAUAUUUGUUCUUUAUGACGUCAAUUCAACCAGUUUGAACCAGUUUUGCCCGCUGGGAAGAAUAACCGGAGGACAUCAAAGAUGAAAAAGUGAUACAAUAAUUAUUUAUUUAAAAUAGAAUACUAAUGUACGUAUAUGUAAUGGAAGGCCCUAAUGUUAUAUUUCUUUUGUUGUUUUUCCACCGUGUGGAGUAAAUAGGUGUUUUAUCAUUUUCUAAUAGCAAUAUAUUGAAAAUCAAUUUGUGAAAAAGUGUAAGUAUGAAAUAAGCUUCCCUUUGGACAUAUGGGUGUUUCUGCGUAUUGUCAAAUAAGAGUUAAGAGUUAUGUUAUAUGGUGGUGUUAGCCUUCACAAUACAUAACAGAAACAUUUUUUAAAAGUAUAAUUUAAGUUUCAUUUCUAACAUGGAUUUCUUGUAAAUACUGUGACUGUCCAUGGUUUCAAAAAAACCUCAUAGGUACAGCAUGAAAUCUGCAUUACUCAAAAUGUUGUUUUUGGUUACCUUUUUACUAUAACACGAUGCUAUUUAUUUCAAGACAUUUAAGAUGCACAGCAGCACACAAUAUGGAGAAGAAGAAAAGUCAUUGAGUCACCUCCUUAUCCAAUGCUAUUCCAACCUAGCCUGGUUAAACCAAACAGUAGUGAAUGUAGCAUUCAGUCUGGUUUAACCAGGCUAAUUCAGACCUAUGCCUGUUAUAGUAAGUUUACUAUGUGAUUGCCUUCACUGUAACUUCUAGUCACUUCAUCGUGUUUCACCGUUCACCUAAAGCUUUGACCUUUGGCAUGAAUCCCAACAACAUUAUCACACUUCCAUGAUGUAUUGCAGUUAACAUCCUCCUAUGUUUGCUCCUGAUUACUGUAAAUGGGAUUUUCCAGGUGAACAAAAGGAACAGUCGAUGAUCAUAUCAAUCAAAAUCAUUUCGGUUUAUUACAAGAAUUCAGGGAGCACAUCUCCAGAGCAGAAGCCGAGAGACAUUUCUAAUUUGACUUCUCUAAGCAGGCCCUUAAAUUCUAAUCUCACAGCACCAAUGUUCUCUAAACAACAGCCAGAGAGGCUUGUACAAAGGCACAACAAAAGACAGUGAUUUUGCCAGCUGCUACAAAAUCACUAUAAUAUCUGUGUGCCUUCGGCUCAGUCUACCUCCAGCGUGACGUCAAUCAUUAUCAACAAUAUGAGUUUGAUACGUAACAAACAGCAUCGAGUCUAGUGACUAUCAACCCGUGACACAAAUGAGUGUCACAAAUAGAAUACUUGAAAUCAUGUGUAUUACAUAAAAGGAAACAUUUCAAUAUGCUAAGCAUUGUGUUAAUUACUCUUAACUGAAUAUUAACUUUAUUACACCAACAACUAAUUAUUUUGCGUAACGAUAAUUGUUUUGCUCCUGCUGAUCUCAAGGGGAAAAUGUUUAGUGUAUUAUUUAAUGCAUUUUCACUUUAUGAUAAUGGUAAUAGCCUCACAUUACCUCAUAUUUUCUUACUAAUUUCCAAAUCAAUAUAUUCAAAAGGAGUCACAACCAAUGACAAACAUCCCUUUUUAUCCUUGACAUUAUCACUAAUUAUGGUACUAUUACUUUUUUGUCCUGGUUGCAAUCUUUUAUUUCUUUGAGCCUUACUGGUCCUUAAAAAAUAAUGCACAAAUACCAAACUUCUCUCCAGAUAUGUAGAAGCAGCAAUUUAUAAAUGUUUCAAUAAUGCUUACAUGUUUUAUUUUUUGCCUUAUUAUGGAUUAGCAUAUUUCCAGCCAUAUACUGUAAGAGACUUUCUGUAUGUUUUUUCUUCUUCUAUGAAAUAUUGAUUUUUUCUGUCUGUAUUUUAUUCACUGCAUAGGACACAUUUCAUGUAAAUUUCCCAUCCAAAGAUUUUAAGAGUGAAAAUAUAAAAAGUGAAUAUAAUGUGAUAACAUUACCUGGUUUACUUGGUAAUAAAGAAUGGAAGAAUAU